GCAGACUGUGAGCACAGCAAGCUACAUAACGUUAGCGGAUAGUUUAACAACACUCACCAGCUUUCUGCCUGAAAAAAGUCUUUAUUUUGUUUCUACCAUGAAAGAUGUCAGCGGGUACCUCAAACAACAACAGAGCAGCAGCUCCACGCCAGAGAUGGCGGCGGAGUGGCACGGUUUGGAGGAUUUCUACAACAAAAGAUUAUGGCAUCAGUUGACAUUGAAGCUGACAGACUUUGUCAAAGAUCCUUUCUUCAAAACGGGAGACGGCCUCAUACAGCUGUAUGAAAACUUCAUCAGUGACUUCGAACACAGAAUCAACCCCCUGUCUCUGGUAGAAAUCAUUCUUUAUGUCGCCAGGCAGAUGCCAGAUCCUAAAGAUGCCAUCACUUUUCUGGAGAAGACCAAAGAGAAGGUGAAAAGCAGCGAAGAAGCUGUGAUUCUCUGCAAGACGUCCAUCGGCAGCCUGAAGCUGGAGAUCAGCGACCUUCCUGCCACCAAGAAAAUCAUCGAGGAGGUUGAGGAAAUGCUGAAUAACUUACCCGGCGUCACGUCGGUCCACGGACGGUUCUACGACCUCUCCAGCAAGUAUUACCGCAUCAUCGGGAACCACGCCGCCUACUACAAGGACGCGCUGCGCUACCUGGGCUGCGUGGACAUCAAAGACCUUCCAGAAACAGAGAAGCAGGAGAGAGCGUUCACCCUGGGCCUGGCCGGACUCCUGGGCGAGGGAGUUUACAACUUCGGAGAGCUGCUGAUGCAUCCGGUGCUGGAGUCCCUGAGGAACACAGACAAGCAGUGGCUCAUUGACACGUUAUACGCCUUCAACGCCGGGAACGUGGAGAAGUUCCAGGGCUUCAAGUCUGCAUGGGGGCAGCAGCCCGACCUUGCAGCUCAUGAACCUAAACUGAUGCAGAAGAUCCAGCUGCUCUGUGUGAUGGAGAUGACGUUCACUCGUCCUGCGAAUCACCGGCAGCUCACCUUCACAGAAAUCGCUCAGAGCGCAAAGAUCCCCGUCAACGAGGUGGAGCUGCUGGUGAUGAAGGCGCUGUCUGUGGGCCUGAUCAAAGGGAACAUUGACGAGGUGGACCAGAAGGUCCAGAUGACCUGGGUGCAGCCCAGAGUUCUGGACCUGCAGCAGAUUAAAGGCAUGAAGGACCGUUUGGACUCGUGGUGCGGCGACGUUAAGGACAUGACGGUUCUGGUGGAGCAGCAGGCUCACGACAUCCUCACCUGAGCAGGUGUCUCCAUCGCGUCGCAGAGGGGAGAAUAUCACCAACAUUUCUUUGUCCUUUUUUUUACUGGAUGUUCUUUCUUCUGUUACCCUCACUGUUUAUCAUUUAUGUUGUAACAUCAUCCCCAGAAAAAGACCCAAACUGUAAAAAAUACAAAUAAAACAUGUAUAAAAAUGA